AUUAUUUGCUAUUACAUCUGCGAGCUGACGGCUGAGUGCUGACCGUCUGCUGUAUGCUGAUGCUCUCUGUUAUACGCUUACGUCAGUAUAAGUACCUAUAUAGGUAUGUGGAUGUUGGAGUAGGAGCUGGUGCUGCCCGCAUGGGUUGAGAGCCCCAUGCUGUCUUCUGCGGUCUGCCUUUUCUUGUUACUGUGCGCGCGGUUCGGCGAUAUCAGCACGUAAAAUUUUUUAAUCGUGGUAAUCACAAAAGUAAUUGUGAGGUAAGUAGUAUAAGCACAAAAAAUGACGAUUGCAUCGCUACUAAGAUGCGGAACGAAUUUGACGAGAUUGUCAAGACUGCCGGCGGUCGCUUUCGAGGUGAAAGGACAAUGCAUGGCUUCCUAUGCAAAAUAUGCGGAACACAAGCCCAUUGAAAAAAUGAGAAAUAUAGGAAUCUCAGCUCACAUUGACUCUGGUAAAACGACGUUGACAGAACGUAUUCUUUAUUAUACUGGAAGAAUUGAAGCAAUGCAUGAGGUUAGAGGCAAAGAUAAUGUUGGAGCUGUUAUGGACAGCAUGGAAUUGGAAAGACAGCGUGGAAUCACCAUACAGUCUGCUGCAACUUAUACUUUGUGGAAAGAUUACAACAUCAAUAUUAUCGAUACUCCUGGUCACGUAGAUUUUACCAUUGAGGUCGAAAGAUCUUUGAGAGUUCUGGAUGGUGCAGUCUUAGUACUUUGUGCUGUGGGUGGAGUACAGUCACAAACACUAACUGUAAAUAGACAAAUGAAAAGGUAUAAUGUACCUUGUUUAGCAUUUAUCAACAAGUUGGAUAGGAUGGGAGCUAAUCCAAAAAGAGUUUUGGAACAAUUGCGAACAAAAUUGAAACAGAAUUCUGCUUUUAUACAAUUACCCAUUGGUAAAGAGAGUGAAACUAAGGGAAUUGUAGAUAUAAUUGAGAGAAAAGCUCUCUACUUUGAGGGUGAUUUUGGUGAAAUUGUUAGGCCUGAUGAAAUACCACAAGAAUUGAAAGCAGAAACUGACGCAAGGAGAGAGGAGCUGAUAGAGCACCUGAGCAAUGCAGAUGAUACUCUUGGAGAACUGUUCUUAAAUGAAGCUGAAAUCACUGAACAAGAUAUAAAAGAUGCUAUUCGAAGAACAUGUUUGAAAAGAACAUUUACUCCAGUUCUAGUUGGAACUGCUUUAAAAAACAAAGGUGUUCAGCCUUUACUAGAUGCUGUUUUAGAUUAUCUUCCGAAUCCUGGUGAAGUUGAAAACUUUGCUCUGCUAGAAAAACCUGGACAAGAAGAGCCGCAGAAAAUUCUUCUUAAUCCCGAACGAUCAGAUAAGCAUUCGUUUGUAGGUCUAGCAUUUAAAUUGGAAGCAGGAAAAUUUGGACAACUUACAUACUUUAGAUGCUAUCAAGGAAUGUUAAAAAAGUCAGAUACCAUAUUCAAUACACGAACCAACAGAAAAGUACGCAUUGCGCGAUUAGUGCGGCUCCAUUCAAAUACAAUGGAGGAUGUCAAUGAAAUCUAUGCUGGAGACAUAUUUGCAUUAUUUGGAGUUGACUGUGCUUCUGGUGAUACCUUUGUUACUAAAGGUGAUUUGGCACUUUCAAUGGAAUCAAUUUUCGUCCCAGAACCCGUGGUUUCUAUGUCUAUCACUCCUAAAAACAGUAAAGAUCGUGACAAUUUCGCAAAAGGAAUUGGAAGAUUUACAAAAGAAGAUCCAACAUUCCGCUUCGUUUACGACCCCGAAAGUAAGGAAAGUAUCGUUUCCGGUAUGGGUGAGUUACAUUUAGAUAUAUACGCUCAGCGUAUGGAACGUGAAUACAAUUGUCCAGUUGUUCUUGGUAAACCUAAGGUUGCCUUCAGAGAAACUCUCAUGACGCCAUGUGAAUUUGAUUAUCUUCAUAAAAAGCAAUCUGGUGGUGCUGGACAAUAUGGUCGAGUUAUCGGUGUUCUGGAGCCUCUACCACCACAGAAAAAUACAAACCUCGAAUUCGCAGAUGAGACGGUUGGAACCAACAUACCUAAACAGUUUGUUCCUGGCGUACAAAAAGGAUUUUUGGCAAUGUGCGAAAAAGGUUCUUUGUCCGGUAACAAAGUGGCUGGCUUGAAGUUCAGACUAAUUGAUGGCGCUAGCCAUAUAGUUGAUUCGUCCGAACAUUCAUUUUUCUUGGCUACACAAGGUGCUAUUAAACAGACAUUUGACAAUGGCAACUGGCAGAUUCUAGAACCGAUCAUGCUGGUGGAAAUCACGGGACCAGAAGAGUUUCAGGGAACUGUGAUGGGACAGUUGACUAAAAGAAAAGGACUGAUAAUAGGUAUAGAUGGAAGCGAGGGUUGGUUCACAAUUCACGCGGAAGUGCCUUUGAAUGAGAUGUUUGGAUAUUCUGGCGAAUUGCGCUCCUCGACGCAAGGCAAGGGCGAAUUCUCAAUGGAGUACUCGAGGUACAGUCCAUGCCAGCCCGAAGUUCAGGAACGAAUCAUUGCUGCCUAUCAAGAGUCCAUGGGAAUAGCUCAACAGCAGAAGAAGAAGAAUUAAUUAAAGACAUUUUUUAGGAAAAUUUUUGAUAAUGUCGGCAGUGGAACGAACAAUUGUGAAACUUCUCGGAUGUCAAGUAUCCCUGAUUUUGUAAAUUCCGCUCGAGACUGCAAGAUACCCAUGUUGUGAUAAAUCGCCGGAAGAAAAAUCACGUCCACCAAAAGGUAUCUAUUUGUUUAAAACAAAUUUUGUAAAUACUUACAACCAUGUAAUUUAGUCCUAAAAUAGUUGAUCAGUAUAGGUUCAUGUACCAUCCAUCGACAGUGUAUAUAACUAAUUUUAAGUUAUUAAAUCGAUAACAAAGUUA